UGACGAAAAUUCACACUUUGGUGACGACAGUUCCCGAGGAGUACCUCCCCCCAAGGAACUUUCGUCAUGUAUGACAAAAGUGCGUUCGUCAUAAUGACGAAAGUGUGGUGUGAUGAAAGUUCCAUAAUCCAAUCAAUACAUGGAAAAAUUAUAUUCGUAUACGUAAAGCACAAGAAAAUACAUUUGAUAGUAAUGAAAUAGAAGCAAUACUUAAUCAAGAAAUACUUGGUAAAACAAUUUUGGAAAAUCUUAAUACAAGUAUUGAUUAUAAAGCUGGAAAUUCAUUAUUAUUAAUUGUUAAUGAUGGUCAAAAAUUAUUAUCAACAUUCAAUAUGAAUGUGUUAGAAUCAUGUUUAAAAUCAGAUGAAACAUCAAUUGAAUUAAAACUUCUUAUUAUAAAAAUAUUUAAAAAUGUGUGA